GAAACUUUCAAGAUCCCAUUUUACAGAUGGGACCCUCGGGCUCAGAGAGUUAAACGAGAGGAUUCACCAUCGCUUCUAUGGCUGCCUCACAAACUUCACAAACUGUUGCAUCUCACGUUCCUUUUGCAGAUUUAUGUUCAACUUUAGAACGAAUACAGAAAAGUAAAGGACGUGCAGAAAAAAUCAGACACUUCAGGGAAUUUUUAGAUUCUUGGAGAAAAUUUCACGAUGCCCUUCAUAAGAACCAAAAAGAUGUCACAGACUCUUUUUAUCCAGCAAUGAGACUAAUUCUUCCUCAACUAGAAAGAGAGAGAAUGGCCUAUGGAAUCAAAGAAACUAUGCUUGCUAAGCUUUAUAUUGAAUUGCUUAAUUUACCUAGAGAAGGUAAAGAUGCCCUUAAACUUUUAAAUUACAGAACACCCACUGGAACUCGUGGAGAUGCUGGAGACUUUGCAGUGAUUGCCUACUUCGUGUUGAGGCCAAGAUGUUUACAGAAAGGAAGUUUAACUAUACAGCAAGUAAAUGACCUUUUAGACUCCGUUGCCAGCAAUAAUUCUGCUAAAAGAAAAGACCUAAUAAAGAAGAGUCUUCUUCAACUUAUAACUCAGAGUUCAGCACUUGAGCAAAAGUGGCUUAUACGGAUGAUCAUAAAGGAUUUAAAGCUUGGUGUUAGUCAGCAAACUAUACUUUCUGUUUUUCAUAAUGAUGCUGUUGAGUUGCAUAGUGUCACCACAGAUCUGGAAAAAGUCUGCAGGCAACUUCAUGAUCCUUCUGUAGGACUCAGCGAUAUUUCUAUCACUUUAUUUUCUGCCUUUAAACCAAUGCUAGCUGCUAUAGCAGAUAUUGAGCGCAUUGAGAAGGACAUGAAACACCAGACUUUCUACAUCGAAACCAAACUAGAUGGUGAGCGUAUGCAAAUGCACAAAGAUGGGACUAAAUAUAAAUACUUCUCCAGAAAUGGAUAUAAUUAUACUGAUCAGUUUGGUGCUUCUCCAGAUGAAGGUUCUCUUUCCCCAUUCAUUCAUAAUGCAUUCAAAACAGAUAUACAAGUCUGUAUUCUUGACGGUGAGAUGAUGGCCUACAACCCUAAUACGCAAACUUUUAUGCAAAAGGGUAUUAAGUUUGAUAUUAAAAGAAUGGUAGAAGAUUCUGAUCUGCAAACAUGUUAUUGUGUUUUUGAUGUAUUGAUGGUUAAUAAUAAAAAACUAGGACAUGAGACCCUAAGAAAGAGGUAUGAGAUCCUUAGUAGUAUUUUUACACCAAUACCAGGUAGAAUAGAAAUAGUACAAAAAACACAAGCUCAUACUAAGAAUGAAGUAAUUGAUGCAUUGAAUGAAGCAAUUGAUAAAAGAGAAGAGGGUAUCAUGAUAAAACAUCCUCUAUCCAUUUACAAGCCAGACAAAAGAGGUGAAGGAUGGUUAAAAAUUAAACCAGAGUAUGUCAGUGAACUAAUGGAUGAAUUGGACAUCUUAAUUGUUGGAGGCUAUUGGGGUAAAGGUUCACGGGGUGGGAUGAUGUCUCAUUUUUUGUGUGCAGUAGCAGAGAAGCCCCCUUCUGGUGAAAACCCAUCUGUGUUUCAUACUCUCUCUCGUGUUGGCUCUGGUUACACCAUGAAAGAACUGUAUGAUCUGGGUUUGAAAUUGGCCAAACAUUGGAAGCCUUUUCAUAAAAAAACUCCACCAAGUAGCAUUUUAUGUGGAACAGAGAAGCCAGAAGUGUACAUCGAACCUUGUAACUCUGUCAUCGUUCAGAUUAAGGCAGCAGAGAUCGUCCCCAGUGACAUGUAUAAAACUGGCUGCACAUUGCGUUUUCCCAGAAUCGAAAAGAUAAGAGAUGACAAAGAGUGGCAUGAAUGCAUGACUCUGGAUGACUUAGAGCAACUUAGGGGGAAAGCAUCUGGAAAGCUUGCAUCUAAACACUUUUAUGUAGGUAUAGAUGAUGAACCACAGGAAAAAAAGCGGAAAGUUGCCCCAAAGAUGAAGAAAGUUAUUGGAAUUAUCGAACACUUAAAAGCACCUAAUCUUUCUAAUAUAAACAAAGUUUCUAAUAUAUUUGAAGAUGUCGAGUUUUGUGUUAUGAGUGGAACAGACAGCCAUCCAAAGACUGACCUGGAGAAUAGAAUUGCAGAAUUUGGUGGUUAUAUAGUACAGAAUCCAGGCCCAGACACGUACUGUGUAAUUGCAGGGUCUGAGAACAUCAGGGUGAGAAACAUAAUUUCUGCAGAUGAACAUGAUGUUGUCAAGCCCGUGUGGCUUUUAGAAUGUUUUAAGGCCAAAAGCUGUGUGCCAUGGCAGCCUCGCUUUAUGAUUCAUAUGUGUCCAUCAACAAAAAAACAUUUUGCCCGUGAAUAUGAUUGCUAUGGUGAUAGUUAUUUUGUUGAUACAGAUUUGAAGCAACUGAAGGAAGUAUUCUCAGGAAUUAAAAAUUCUGAUGAACAGACUCCUGAAGAAAUGUCUUCUGUGAUUGCUGAUUUAGAAUAUCGGUAUUCCUGGGACCACUCUCCCCUCAGUAUAUUUCGACGCCACACCAUUUAUUUGGAUUUGUAUAGUGUUAUUAAUGAUUUGAGUACCAAAACCAAGGGAACAAGAUUAGCUAUUCAAGCCUUGGAGCUUCAGUUUCAUGGAGCAAAAGUAGUUUCUUGUUUAGCUGAAGGAGUGUCUCAUGUUAUCGUUGGGGAAGAUCAUAGUCGAGUUGCAAAUUUUAAAGCUUUUAGAAGAAAUUUUAAGAGAAAGUUUAAAAUCCUAAAAGAAGAUUGGGUAACUGAUUCAAUAGACAAAUGUGAAUUACAGGAGGAAAAUCAAUAUUUGAUUUAAAGCUGGUUUUCCUAUUGAAAAAAGCUUCUGGUCUGGCAGACUCAUUGCAGCAGAUGGUAAUGAUAAAAUAGUAAACUACAUUUUAUUUUUGUCUCUUAUAUGCUUAAAAAAUAUUAUUAGAUAUAGGAAUUUUAACUUUUUAAAUUAUAAUAAUAAUUUUAACUUUUAAGAUUGAAAAGACACUAAAUGGCCCAAAGCCAAGAAAGAAAAAAUUCUCUUAGUAGUGUACUAUUUGAUGAUUUUUAUAACCAAGAUGAAAUAAACAGUUUAAAGAAGCAGUGUUUGUAUAAUACCCAUAUAGAAAUCUAGAAUUUUGACUCAGGUAUUAAAUACAUUUAGAAACUUCUGAACUCAAUAAAGGGAUUGUCUUUCUAAACAGUAUCUUCUGAAGUCAAGUAAAAAAUUUAAUGUUUUUUAUCUAAUAAAAGCAUUGCAAGAAAAAGGAUGGAAUUGUUAUAAUUGGACUUGUAAGAAUAUAUCUUUUUAUGUCGAGGCUAAAAUGCCUCUUUUAAAUAUAAAAUGUAAAAAAAUUUAUUUUUUAAGUUUAAGGUCAAAUGCAUUAAAACCUUGUCAAUGAUGUUGUUUCAUCUUCCUAAAUUAGGGAAGAUGAAUGAGACUUAAUGAUCUAAAAACUUAAAAUUGCAUUGGUUUAAUUAAAAAUAAAUCUUGCAAUUUUUAAAGUAGUUAGCCCACAUCUAAUUUUUUGUCUGAAACAGAACAUGUUUUAAAGAAAGUAUUUUUAUGUGCAUUUCUACUCCAGUAUAAAUAGCAUUCACAAAAGUGAUAUUCCUACCUAUAAUCAUUGAGUUGGUGUCCACAUGGCAUGCAUGCUGUAACUUACACUGAAUAGAAGUAAAUUUCUAUGACUUUUUAAAAUGACUUUUAUAAUUAAGUUACUUAAAGUCAAUGUGUAUAGUGUAUGUUAUGUCUGGAUUUAUAUACCAAGCUCUGUAAUACAGCUUAUAUAUUUUCAUGACCAUAUUGAAAUUUGGUAUGUGAGAUACUGUGUGUAGAUUAUUUGAAAGUAAUUGGAAAUUUUAUCCAAACAGUGGAGCAAAUGCAUAUGAUUUUUAUUAUAUCUCUUAAUUUAAAUAAAAUAUUAAAUAUAAUAUUAAAA